AAUUGAGGACUGCGGCUUCCCAACGCUGCCCUUCUGGGAUGCGGAAGACAGCGCUACAGAGUUAGGAAAACAAGGGAAUACAGUUCCAUGCGUCCUCGAUUAAAAUGUUUCAGUUAUAGUAAAGUCCUGUAAGCUACAUUGCAGGUUUUUUUUUGGUGAACUGCUGGUUAACACAAUCCUAAUACUUAUAUAACUGUACUAAAAGCAAUUUAAAAAUCGCAUUGAAAUGGAAUUUCAGCCUUUGCUACUAAGAGUUCCGCACAUCCAGAGGAAGUCCAGGUUUCCAAACCUCACCCUUGUACUGGCUGCUUGUGCUGCAUGUAUUGGAGGGACUUUUCAGUAUGGAUAUAAUAUAUCAGUCAUCAAUGCUCCUACCAAGCCCGUACAGAGUUUUAUCAAUGAGACCUGGAUCCACAGAUACGGUACAAACAUACAGGAAGGCAUCCUAACUCUCCUGUGGUCUGUGAUUGUCUCUGUCUUCACUCUCGGUGGCUUCAUUGGAUCAUCUGUUGGGGGAAUGCUGGCAAUUCGAUUCGGAAGAAAGGGAGCUCUGCUGUUGAACAGUGUUUUUGCUUUAUUGGCAUCCCUGCUGAUGGGGCUCAGCUAUCCCACUGGAGUGUUUGAACUCUUAAUUGUUGGCAGAUUUCUUAUCGGGCUAAAUGCAGGAAUUGGUAUCUGCGUUCAACCCCUUUACCUGGGAGAGAUUGCUCCGAAGUCUCUGCGCGGAGCGAUGGCAAUGGGCACAUCCAUAUUCAUUACUGGCGGUAUACUGACAGGACAGGUGGUCGGGCUCAAAGAGCUGCUGGGUGGAGAUGAUUACUGGCCCAUGCUGCUGUCCACCAGCUGUAUACCUGCAAUUCUGCAGUUUCUCAUUCUACCCUGGUUCCCAGAAAGCCCCAGGUAUCUGCUGAUUGACAAAGGAGAUGACAUUCAGUGCAGUAAAGCUCUGAAACAAUUGCACGGUUCUGAAAGUUACCACUAUGAAAGAGAAGACAUGGAGCAGGAGCGUGUAGCGAUGCUGGGGGUGAAGCCAAAAAAACCAUGGGAGCUCUUCAUGGAUCCAAACCUGCGCUGGCAGCUCCUUACCAUCAUGCUACUGAACUUCACACAGCAGCUCAGUGGCAUCAAUGCUAUUUAUUUCUAUGCAAACUAUGUGUUCACUCGAGCUGGUAUCCCAGUGGAGAAGAUCCCCUACAUCACAAUAGGGACUGGAGCUUGUGAAUGCCUCACUGCACUCACCUGUGGACUGCUUGUUGAAUCUCUGGGCAGAAGGAUCCUCAUCAUUGGAGGGUAUUUACUGAUGACUGUGUGGUGUGCUCUGUUGACAGUAACUCUGACUUUUCAAGAUGCUAAUCCAUGGGUGCCCUAUUUAAGCAUGUCCUGUGUAUUCGCUUUUAUCCUGAGUUUUGGCUUAGGACCAGGUGGAGUAACCAACAUUUUAAAUACAGAGUUGUUCACACAGCCAGCUCGUCCUGCAGCCUACAUGAUUGGAGGUUCAGUGAACUGGCUCAGCUUUUUCUUCAUAGGAAUGAUUUUUCCAUUUAUUGUGAAUGGCCUGCAGCAAUACUGCUUCCUGGUGUUCCUGGUGAACUGUUGCCUGGUUGCUAUCUACAUAUUCUUCGCUGUGCCGGAAACCAAAAACAAAACGUUUCUCCAAAUCGAACAGGAAUUCCAAGCGCUUUAUGGCAGCAAAAGAAACGCCGAAGACGCUUCUGUGGGAAACCUAUCAGAGUUAUUGAACACUGCAGAUAUGUGAAGCGUUCUUGUUUUAUAUGCAGUCUUAAAAAUCACUUGAAUGUUAGACUGAUAUAGAAGGUAUUGGGGUGGAUGAAUGCAUGCGGGAUGCGGUGGGAUGGGGGAUCAAAUAAAGCAAUGGUGCUCUGUGCUCGACAUUAAAAUAAAGAGCAACAAUGAAACAAAGAGUUAUAAAUACAGUAUGUGCCAGACAAGAGGAAGCAUUUCACCACGAGGUGCACGGAACAUGAUGUACUCGAAACUAUAUCAGGGGGAUUCUAUUUUAGAUGUUUUAUUCUGUAUUUUUUGUGGUUGAUGAAACAUGUUGAUUUACAAAACCAACCUUUUUUUUAAACAGAAUUGUAAACAUGUUGUAAUUUGUAUGCGAGAAUGGUGUAAUAUUGAAUGUGUUAUUUUGUUGUUGUUUCUCAGUAUUUCCCAGAUAUGCAGCAUUGAAUUGCUCUGUCCAAUAUCUCUGUAAUGAGUUAAACACUGUAAUGUAAGAACAAACUGGGUGAUCAGGGAAUGCGUAAACAGUACUCUAUAUAUAUAGAUAGACACAUAUACUGUAUGUGACCGUGAUACUGUAAAAAAAACCUAUUAAAACAACUGAACAUUGUAUUAUCACUGGUUCACUAUUUCCUU